AUGAACCCUCACUGUGCCCUUGUCCUACUUCUGCCACUGGCAAAUAAAUCUCUAUUCCUGGACAUGCCCGGUUGGGCUCGGGGAAGCGAGGCCGCGGCCGGGGGUGCGCAGCUGCGGAGUCCGCGCGGGGGCCUGCGGCAGCGCCAGCCGUCGGUCACCGGCGGGGACGGGGGCCUGCGUUCUAGGUGCUGGCGACUGGCCCGCGAGAAGUUCUGUUUCUGCGGGAGUAACCUGAGCGGGUCUGGGGAUGGGGCAGAAAGGGCUGUGCCAAGGGAGCGCCCUGCCCCCUCCCAGACUUCAGGCCAAGACCUCUUCCCUCCCCCUUUCCCCGGGCACUGGGGGCCUUCCCAGGCCCUGCUCUGUUUCCCACACGGAGGCCUGUCCUCUCCAGCCCCCUCUGUGGGAGCUCUGCAAGGUGGGCAGGAGUGCGGGGUGGUGCUGCCUCAGUACUCCAGGAAGCCGCCUGCUCAGCUGUGUGGGGAGGGGCGGUCAAGGCCUGCAGAUCGGCACCUCUCCGUCUUCCCAGGCCAGCUGGAGCCCUGGCCCUCCGUCCCUCCCGUAUACAUCACAGUUGUGAAGGAUUCUGCACUAACACAGACUGGGCUGUGGGUCACGUUGGGGGUAUUCAGCAGGGCAGAGCCAAGCCAGACGUCUCUGGAGUGGGCAGGCAUCAAGUCAUUUGGCAGAGAUGCCCCAACCCAGACCUGGAGCCACAGUCUGCCAUUUGCCAGCCACCCCAGGUGGCAUGUCAUUCCUUCCCGCUUCUCCACCGCCCCCCCGCCCCCGGGAUCUGGGGCUCACAGCCAAGCCAGGGAAUCGGCCAGCAGAGUCGGGGCUGCCCUGGUACCCUGGAACAUUCUGUUCCAGAGGCCUCUGCUCCAGCGAUUCAAGCGUUCCCUCUCCCUCAAGACCAUCCUCCGAAGUAAGAGCGUGGAGAACUUCUUCCUUCGCUCGGGCUCUGAGCUCAAGUGCCCCACCGAGGUGCUGCUGACGCCCCCAACCCCACUGCCCCCUCCCUCCCCACCACCCACAGCCUCAGACAGGGGCCUGCCCACCCCAUCCCCCUCCCCAUGCCCAGUCUCACGCCCCCUGGCAGCGCUCAAACCAGUGAGGCUGCACAGCUUCCAGGAACAUGUCUUCAAGCGAGCCAGCCCUUGUGAGCUGUGCCAUCAGCUCAUUGUCGGAAACUCCAAGCAGGGCUUGCGAUGUAAGACGUGCAAAGUCAGCGUCCACCUCUGGUGCUCUGAGGAGAUCUCUCACCAGCAAUGCCCAGGGAAGACGUCCACCUCCUUCCGCCGCAACUUCAGCUCCCCUCUCCUGGUACAUGAGCCGCCACCAGCCUGUGCCACAAGCAAAGAGUCCCCACCCACUGGGGCCAGUGGGAAGGUGGACCCUGUCUAUGAGACCUUGCGCUAUGGCACCUCCCUGGCACUGAUGAACCGCUCCAGUUUCAGCAGCACCUCUGAGUCCCCGACAAGAAGCCUGAGUGAGCGGGAUGAGCUGACCGAGGAUGGGGAAGGCAGCAUCCGCAGCUCUGAGGAGGGGCCUGGUGACAGUGCAUCUCCAGUAUUCACAGCCCCAGCAGAGAGUGAAGGGCCAGGACCAGAGGAGAAGAGUCCUGGACAGCAGCCCCCCAAAGCCGCCCUGCGGAAGGAUGUGGGGCCCAUGUACUCCUAUGUCGCACUCUACAAGUUUCUGCCCCAGGAGAACAAUGAUCUGGCUCUGCAGCCUGGAGAUCGGAUCAUGCUGGUGGAUGACUCUAACGAGGACUGGUGGAAGGGCAAGAUCGGCGACCGGGUUGGCUUCUUCCCAGCUAAUUUUGUGCAGCGGGUGAGGCCAGGCGAGAAUGUUUGGCGCUGCUGCCAACCCUUCUCCGGGAACAAGGAACAGGGUUACAUGAGCCUCAAGGAGAACCAGAUCUGUGUGGGCGUGGGCAGAAGCAAGGAUGCUGACGGCUUCAUCCGCGUCAGCAGUGGCAAGAAGCGGGGCCUGGUGCCAGUCGACGCCCUGACCGAGAUCUGAGAGGAGCCAAGGGAACCCAGAUGCCACCCUCGCCCAUGCCUGGACCUUGCUUCUGGCCAGGAAGGGGAUCAGGCCCCCUUGUCCACUCCAUACCCUUCCUCCCUCUUUCUCUCUCCUAAGUGCCACUUACUGUGGCUUAGGAGCCUUCUGUACUGAGGAAGAUUUUAUUUCUUGGGUGGGGUGCCCUGAGUGGGUUGAUCCUCUGGGACUUGGCAGGGAUGGGGUGGGGUGGGAGGGAAUGAGGAAGCUACAGGUAGGUCCACCCAGCGCCCAGGCACCCCAGUCCACUUGCCGGGCUGAGUCCAGCCCUGAGGAAGGUUCCUGGGGAAUUUCUUUGCUGCUUCUCCCAGCCUUCCCCUGCCAACACACCCUGCGCAUGCCUGGCACACCCUCUCCCCACAGAGCCUCUGCUUGGGUCUAUGUGUGUGUGACCGUGCAUCUGCUCCUUUGCAAGUGGGGUCUUGGGAGCAGGCCUUUUUGUGUCCUCGGCCCUCCACCCUAGGUGGGGAGGGGACCCAGGGCCAUAGGAAGGUCCUGAGUCUACCUCCUGGUCUCCACCUCUGUCAUUCCGUCAAUUCUCAGGAAAGUUUUGCAGGAAUCGCUCCCAUUACUUGAAACCUGGGCCGACAGAGGAGGGGAAGGCUGAGGUCCCUGGAAGGUGUGACAAAUCAGAGACUGUCCCUUCAAGUAGAAAACCCAAGAGCUGGCCUGGUGUGGAGGCUCACGUCUGUAAUCCGAACACUUUGGGAGGCUGAGGUGGGUGGAUCACCUGAGGUCAGGAGUUCAAGACCAGUCUGGUCAACAUGGUGAAACCCCGUCUCUACUAAAGGUACAAAAAUUAGCCAGGCAUGAUGCGGAUCUGCCUGUAAUCCCAGCUACUCCAGAGGCUGAGGCAAGAGAGAAUCACUUGAACCCAGGAGGCAGAGGUUUCAGUGAGCCGAGAUUGCGCCAUUGCCUUCCAGCCUGGGCAACAGAGCAAGACUCUGGCUCAAAAAAAAAAAAAAAAAAAAAAGAAAGAGAAAAAGAAAAGAAAACCCAAGAGCUACCUGGACACACGGAAACCCAACUGAGAACAAAACCCUGGCCCAUGCUUGGUCAAAGCAAACCCAUUUCACUGUCAGGACCCCUGGUCACACAGGAACCACCCGCCAGGGAAGCCUGUGACUGUCAGUUCCUGUCCCAGGCUUUGCCCGGCCGCCCCAGGAGUCCAACCCUCUGGGCUGACCUUUCUCCCACUUCUCUCCAGGCUCUGCAGGGGACAGGGCAGGUGCUGCAGGAGCCCCUUUGCUGGCUUUAUCUGCUCCCUUGUUCUGGACACAGAGCCCUGGGAAAAAGACGGGUGGAAGACAGACAAGGAAGGUGGAAUGUUCUAUUUGGCCACCAGGAAAUGGGGUGGGUGGGCAUACACAGAGAGGACCCCUCUCUUAAUACAGGCUGCUUUUCUCGGUGCCAACCUCCCUCCCCCAAGCUCAGAUCCUCCUCUUAUGCCCUUGAUUGUGCCAGCCCAUGCCACCCCCGUCCUGGGCACAGUUACACCCUCCCAUGCAGUGGGAGAGACACAGACCCUCCUACCCAAAGGCCCCUGCCCCACUUCUCCCCCGCAAAGCGGGGUCUCAAGCCACACUGCCCUGUUUGCUGCCAUGAGGCCCCCCCAGCAAUAUCCCAGGGGCGGGCCCAAUGCCCACUGUACAUGAGGCUGCAUGAUGGGUCUGGGGCCUUGCUGAGCCCCCAGACACCUAAUUAAAUGUUUCUUGUCCCAGCCCA